AGUCCAAAGCAGAGCAUUGGAUCAAGACAGAGUAAAAAGCCAGUUUUAUUUUCAGCUGCUCCAGACAAGGCCCACCAGUAAGUUCAGUACUACUUCCACAUAUAGGAUAACCCAUUAAGAAGGUACUGUGCUUUGACAGAGAUAAACAUAAAAGAUGCAUUCACUAGUGUUCUGGUCUUACUGAAGACAGCUCCCCACUUUUGGAACAAAACGAUCAAGGAACAGCUAUGAUGCUUGCCUAUCCUUGCAUGCUUGGGAUCUGCAGUAUGGAAUAUAAUGGCUCAUAAAUCACAGAAUAUCACCUUUUCCUGAUUGUUUAAGUUCUGACCCAAAAGUCAUGUGUUGUUGAUGAGGAGACAGUCUGAUACCAGAAUAAUUUACAAAAGACAGCUGUCUACUACUGCAACUAGUAAGCAUUGCAGGAGCAAGAGCCAUUAAAAUGCUUAGGAACCUCCCUUCAAAAGUGCUCUGCUAAGCUCAUACUAGACUCUGGAGGUACCUGACCUCUCUAGGUGCUCGCCUGCUUGGCGUUAAGUUCUCCAGUUGCAUAGGUUUGUACCUCUGAACAUUUCACCCUAAUCUUCACAGGACUGAGCAACUCGUCUUUUAACAUGUGAAAGACAACCUACCCAGUGCAACAUGUACCAGCUUCGCUAUACAUCAAGACUAAUUUUUGGCACGGAGUACGUCUGCAUACUCAAAUGGUGGAGUUGAUUUCUUUUGUUCUUGGAAACUGAAUAGGAGAAAGGGACGUUUCAGCUUUUCUUGAUAAGGAUUACACCAUUGUACUUGAACUUCAAGGCAAGAAGAUUUCUUGAAAACUGAGUUUCUCAGCCAGUUUUCUGGACAACAUGCCCUUGAGAAGCUCCAGCAAGUUGAGCAUGGAAAGCAGAAAAGAAGAUGGUGAGAGCACAGUACCUGCCCCUCCACAAAAGAAGCUGUCUUGUCAGUGCCAUCACCAUUGUCCAGAGGACUCUGUCAACAGCACCUGCAGCACUGAUGGCUACUGCUUCACCAUAAUAGAAGAAGAUGAGUCCGGUGGACAUUUAGUCACCAAGGGAUGUCUAGGAUUAGAGGGCUCGGACUUCCAGUGUCGGGACACUCCUAUUCCUCACCAAAGAAGAUCUAUUGAAUGUUGCACAGGCCAAGAUUACUGUAACAAACAUCUUCACCCAACUCUGCCACCGCUGAAAAAUCGAGACUUUGCUGAAGGAAACAUUCACCACAAGGCUCUGCUGAUCUCGGUGACUGUCUGCAGUAUACUUCUGGUGCUUAUCAUCAUAUUCUGCUACUUCAGGUACAAACGGCAAGAGGCGAGACCUCGCUACAGCAUUGGGCUGGAGCAGGAUGAGACUUACAUUCCCCCUGGAGAGUCCCUGAAGGAUUUGAUUGAGCAGUCUCAGAGCUCAGGCAGUGGCUCCGGGCUCCCUCUCCUGGUUCAAAGAACCAUAGCAAAACAGAUUCAGAUGGUGAAACAGAUUGGGAAAGGUCGCUAUGGGGAAGUCUGGAUGGGAAAGUGGCGUGGCGAAAAGGUAGCUGUCAAAGUGUUUUUUACCACGGAGGAGGCCAGCUGGUUCAGAGAAACAGAAAUCUACCAAACUGUCCUGAUGAGGCAUGAAAAUAUUCUUGGAUUCAUUGCUGCAGACAUUAAAGGCACAGGCUCUUGGACCCAACUGUACCUCAUCACUGAUUAUCAUGAGAAUGGCUCCCUUUAUGAUUAUCUAAAAUCUACCACCUUGGACACAAAAGCCAUGCUAAAACUGGCUUAUUCCUCCGUUAGUGGCUUGUGCCACCUACAUACGGAGAUCUUUAGUACGCAAGGCAAACCAGCUAUUGCCCACCGUGACCUAAAAAGUAAGAAUAUCUUGGUGAAAAAGAACGGAACCUGCUGUAUAGCAGAUUUGGGAUUGGCUGUUAAAUUUAUUAGUGAUACAAACGAGGUAGACAUACCUCCAAACACCCGUGUAGGAACAAAACGCUAUAUGCCUCCUGAGGUGCUGGAUGAAAGCUUGAAUAGAAAUCACUUUCAGUCGUACAUCAUGGCUGAUAUGUACAGUUUUGGACUCAUCCUUUGGGAGGUAGCCAGGAGAUGUGUGUCAGGAGGAAUAGUUGAAGAAUACCAGCUUCCAUACCACGACCUUGUGCCCAGCGACCCCUCCUAUGAGGACAUGCGGGAGAUAGUGUGCAUCAAGAGACUGCGCCCUUCAUUUCCCAACAGAUGGAGCAGUGAUGAGUGCCUGCGGCAGAUGGGGAAACUCAUGAUGGAGUGCUGGGCCCACAACCCUGCGUCCCGGCUCACGGCCCUGCGAGUCAAGAAGACACUUGCCAAAAUGUCAGAGUCGCAGGACAUUAAGCUCUGAUGGAGCAAAAGACAGCUCUCGUGAAGACCCACGGAAACGGACUUUCUCUUGCAGGCAGAAGUCAUGGAGAGGUACCAGCAGUCCUCACUGAUAAGUACCUCGAGUGCAGUAGUAUUUAAGAUCAACUGUAAGUUUGUUUGACAGCUUUUGAGGAGACUCCUUGGUAAAAAUCAGCUGAAUUUUGACAUACAAGGUUGGAAGAGGCUUGUCUGUCCUUGUUUACACGGGGAAAUACAGUUUUAGUAACUGGUUUAAGAUUAUGCAUGUUGCUUUCCAUGAAAGCCACUUAUUAUUUUAUUAUUAUUAUUGUUAUUAUUAUUAUUUUGAUUGUUUAAAAAGAUACUGCUUUAAAUUUUAUGAAAAUAAAACCUUUGGUUAGAAGUAAAUGAGAUGUAUAUUGUUACAUUUAAAAAAAAAAAAAAGAAAAAAGAAAGAAACUGUG